AUGUCUGCAUACUCUUAUCCAGCUGCUCGUCGUGACGAUUCUAUCCAAGACAAUCUACAUGGAACUAUUGUUGCUGAUCCUUAUCGUUGGUUAGAAGAUCCAAACUCUGUAGAAACCGAAACCUUUGUGAAUGCACAGAAUGCAGUCGCAGAACAGUUUCUGAGUCAAUGCGAUUAUCGAUCCAAGUUCAAAGAUCGUAUGACAGCGCUUUACAACUACGAAAAGGUCGGAUGUCCUAUGCAUAGGGGCGACGCUUACUAUUACUUUCACAACACUGGACUGCAGCCUCAGUCAGUUCUCUACAAGCAGAACUCGUUGAGUCCUGAUGCUCAACGUAAAGUGUUUUUUGAUCCAAACACUCUGUCUGUCGAUGGUACUGUUUCUAUCAAUACGUUUGCCUUUUCUGAGAGUGGAAAGUACUUUGCUUAUGCUCUGUCUGCCAGUGGUUCUGACUGGGUCAACAUUCAUGUGAGAGAAACUCAAGAUGGAGUCACUACGGAUUUCGAACCCAAGCCUAUCGAAUGGGCAAAGUUUACGUCCAUCUCAUGGACUCAUGAUGAUUUGGGUUACUUUUACAGCAGAUAUGUCAAACCCGACACGCUGGAUUCAGGCAAGAAAGGCACGGAGACCAAUGCUAACAAGUGUCCUUCCACUUACUAUCACAAGAUAGGAUCGUGUCAAGAUGACGAUGUGAUGAUUUACACGGAUCCCAGCCAUCCUGAUCGCAUGGGUUCGGUAACAGUUUCCGAUGAUGGAAAAUUCUUAAUCUUGCAUACUGUCGAUGGGUGCAAUCCUGAAAAUGCUAUUCAUAUUCAUGAACUCAAGGGUGAAGUGUCUGCUUCCAACAAGCCUGUAUUCUCUCCUGUAUUUACUACAUUCGAUGCAUCGUAUCGUUAUGUUACCAACGAUGGUCCAAUCUUUUGGUUUUCCACUACGAAAAACUCGCCUAAACAUCGUAUUGUUAAAGUUGAUGUUACUUGCACUGACAAGACUCUUGUCGAGGUUGUUCCAGAAACUGAAAAUGUCAUUUCUACAAUUGAAGUUGCAGACAAUAACAAACUCAUUGUGACGUAUCUAGCAGAUGUGAAGCAUAUUGCAUUUGUGCAUGAUCUUUACACUGGUGGUCUUCUUAGUCCUACUAAGCUUCCUUUACCUGAAGGAUCCAUUAUCAAUGCUAUGCAGGGACGCAGAAAGGAUUCGGAAAUAUUCUACAUGUUUUCGUCAUUUUUGACUCCUGGUACAACUUACCGCUACGAUUUCAAAACCAAUUCUCAGUCUGUGUUUCGAGAGACUAUUGUCAAUGGACUUUGCACCAGUGAUCUUCAAACUAUUCAAGUCUUUUAUGAAAGCAAAGAUGGUACCAAAAUUCCCAUGUACAUCAUUUCUCAUAAAGACACCAAACUGGAUGGCAGUAAUUCAACUGUUCUUUAUGGUUAUGGCGGCUUCAACAUUUCCAUUACCCCAUCCUUUUCUGUCUCGUGGCUGACCUAUGUUCAGCACUUGCGUGGAGUGGUUGCUAUCGCCAACAUUCGUGGUGGAGGUGAAUACGGCCAAGAAAAGUGGUACGAUCAAGGUCGCCGUGCCAAGAAACAAAACGUGUUUGAUGACUUUCAAUGGGCUGCCAAAUGGCUUAUUGCCAACAACUACUGCCGAUCUGAAAAAAUUGCCAUCAAUGGUGGCUCAAAUGGUGGUCUGUUGGUUGGUGCAUGCAUCAAUCAGGCUCCCGAGCUGUUUGGUGCUGCUGUAGCCCAAGUCGGUGUUAUGGAUAUCUACCGAUUCCAUAAAUUCACAAUUGGUGCUGCUUGGACUUCUGAUUAUGGCAACCCUGACAAUGCUGAAGACUUUGCUGUUAUGAAAAAGUACUCCCCACUGCAUAACAUUCAAAAAGAAAAGCAGUAUCCAGCUGUUUUGAUCAUGACUGGUGAUCACGAUGAUAGGGUUGUUCCACUUCACUCUCACAAGUUUAUUGCUGAGCUGCAGCAUACGCUUAAAGACAAUGUUAAGCCACUCAUUGAGCGAGUCGAGGUCAAGGCUGGACACGGUGCUGGGAAAUCCACUCAGCAAUUUAUUGAAGACACUACUGACAAGUUUGCAUUUAUUGGACUGGCCACUGGUGCUACAUGGCACGACUGAGCCACUAUUCGUGUUGGUUUCACUUUUGGUAUCUAUUCCAGCCUGAUUCAACCAUUUUUAUCAUGCACUGGUUUCUUUUUGAAACGUGGUUGAUAAAAUGUGUAAUGCCAGCGGGAACUUUGAUUUACUCUAGUGUUGAAUCAAUAAUGAUUGAAUGUUUGUUUCUUUACUUUUCAAGUU